AUCUACAGAUUUUGCAUCUGCAGAUUUCGCAUUGGUAAUCAAACCAUAGUAGCCAUGCUUUCUGUCGGCGCUCCCAACUCCGCUCUCAACCGGCAAGCAUUGCGUGGGUUUCGCCUUGUGAGCGUCCCCAGCCCUAGACGUCGAGCUCUGGUAGUCAACGCUUAUGCAGCAGAGAAGUCUGUGUUCAUAACAGGAGGAAAUACGGGCAUCGGCUUUGAGACGGCCAAGGCGCUUGCGUCAAAAGGGUUCAAUGUGACCAUCGCUUGCCGCGACACGGCCAAGGCGGAAGCAGCGCUUGGUCGCAUUCGGGAGGCCGUUCCCUCUGCCCGCCUUGACUCCCUGCCCCUGGACUUAUCCGACCUCAAUUCCGUGCGCGACUGCACGCAACGAGUGCUGGACUCUGGGGUGCAGUACGACGUUUGGAUCAACAAUGCAGGCGUCAUGUACUGCCCCAAGAUGCGUACGGCACAGGGUUUCGAGUACCAGCUGGGAGUCAACCACUUGGGGCACUUUGCGCUGACGUGCGGGGUGCUGCUGGCGCUGCUGGCGGCGAACAAGCCGGUUCGCAUCAUCAACGUCGCCUCCGCCGCACAUACAUUUGGCAAGAUUGACUUCCAAGAUCUCAUGCGGGACAAGUCGUACGAUCCUUGGGAGGCGUACGGCCAAUCCAAACUCGCCAACAUAAUGUUCACGUACGAACUGGCGAGGCGGUUGGGCGCUGAUGAGGGCGCUAACAACAACAGCAACCGGGUAACGGUCAACUGCUUACACCCGGGUAUCGUGAAGACAGAGCUGGGCAGGUACAUGCUGGACGAGGGCUCCCGGCGCUGGUACACCCCCCUCAUCAUGUCCGUCAUGCAGCUCUUCAUGCUGGAGCCGCAUCAGGGCGCCGCCACCUCCAUCCACCUGGCCAGCAGCCCCGAGGUGGAGGGGGUGAGCGGCAAGUACUGGGUGGACUGCCGCCGCGCCGCCAGCAGCAACGCCUCGUACGACAGGGAGGUGGCGGGGCGGCUGUGGCGGGUGAGUGAGGAGCUGACCGGGGUGCAGGGGCCGCCGGGGCCGGAAGGGGCGAGGGGGGCGGGUGGGGGUAGGGUUGCAGCAGCGGCAGCAGCAACGGGUUCUGCGUCAUCGUCGUGAGAGAGAGGGAGAGGCGUAUGAAUGUCGGAGAGAAACCAAGCUGUUACGAGUAUGGAAGCCACAUGUUGGGGCAAGCAAGGCAACCGCGAGAGAGAGAGAGCGGGAUUGUGAGGGCGUGUGCUGCGAUGCUGGCGGUUGGGCAGCUGCGGGACGGUGGAGGAGGAGGAGCUGGGAGGCGGCUUUCAGGGGGCAGCAGCAGCACCAGCAUCAGCGGGCGGAGGUGGGUGGUGGGUGCCGCAACAACAGCAACUAACGACGGCAGCAGCAGCAGCAGCAGCAGCAGCAGCGGGUUGUCCUGGGGUCAUCGCCAGGUUGGCAGCGUUGGGAAGCGCUAAUGCGGCGGGAUGAGUUAUUGCGGCGGGAUGGCCCCGGCAUCGCUAGGUGGCUGCGUGGUGGUGGUGUGACGUGCCGUCUGGGGAGUUAUGGGAGGCGGUGGCGCUUAUGGCAGGUUGUUGCUGGUAGUAACAGCGAGGACACAGCCUAACCUGGACGGAUACUGCUUGUCAGCUAAACCCGUUACGCCAAUAUGCUAUUACCGGUACCCUUUGUAUUGUGUAUGUAUUGCCCAGAGAGCCUAUGUAUAGGCGUACUUGCCCUUUUUUGUCCGUGGGGUAUGCUGCCUCUAAACGAUGACACACACGUGGAUUUCAUGGAUUUCCCUUGAUUUGAGGUUAUCACUCCUUGGUGCAGUAAUGCAGUCAGUCACAUAAGCGCUGACACAGAACCAAUAUGUUUGAAAAAAGGGCCGCUUUUCUUCACCUCAGGUGGUGGGGGGCUUAUAGAGGCAUAAUGAGAGGCGGUGAGACGGAGGUGUCCCGCUUGGUGGGGACGUGGGGCAUACAUGCACACUUCGCGGUAUUCCAUGGCUGCUUCAGAUUAUGCGUCGUGGGUCACAUAUGGAUACGGUCAGGUGCAGGCACUGCACACAUUUUCCGAGCAAGCUGCUUUUCCUAUUACAAUAUGUCGUGAAAACUGUUAUGAGGACGCAGUUGCCUCCGAAUCGGUUUGAUCAUUGAUUGGCAAAGAAUGGUCCAAGGCGCUUUGAGUCAGUUUGUGUGAGCAGCAAACAAUGUAGGUAUAGUGGGACUUUUGCCGUACGGUAUUGCAUGACGUGUACUGAUGUACGGCGUAAGGGGCACGGCGUCUGGCGGAGUGGACAUAAUUUCUGUGCCGUGUUCGUCCGCCUUCGUACGGUAAUCAGAGAUACGGGAUGUUGCAAUGUCUGGAGAAAUGUUCGCUGCUUGCCAAUAGACCCGUUCGACUCCCCAAACGUAUCACACGGUUUUCGAUAUCCAUAUUCCCGUCCGUUCCUGGAUAUGACGUCACUAUCCAGAUCGAGUAGCCAGUGUCACAGUUCCUUCAUAGUUGGUCUGCCUGAAGCGUUGGUGCACGCAACAAAGACAUUUGUUAAUCAACUGUCGACAACGUGUGUGUAUGUGGCUUUAGGUUUUUUUGGACUGCAGCAACGUCGGCAGCACAAGGUGCGCUGUUAUUCCUUCGACCAACGGGGUAUAUUUCCGUUGAAGCGAGGCAUCAGUUAGCAAACGUGUGUGCCGCAUUGUAGCUGGCGUACCUAGUAUGUAAGCAGCAUGCAGUA